ACCACCUGUGGCUGUGUUCAGACGGAGAAUGUUCUAGCCCUGGAGGCAGCUGUGAAUGACGUCCUUGGGGGGAAAAGAAGCAGGCGGAGGGCGAGGGCGAUGGUGGAGUAGAGCUGCCUCGCGGAGGCAGCAUGAGCUGAGAGGGUGACAAGAUGGAGGCGCUACACAGCAUGGAGGACUUUCUACUCUCCAAUGGGUAUCAGCUGGGCAAGACCAUUGGGGAAGGGACCUACUCAAAAGUCAAAGAAGCAUUUUCCAAAAAACAUCAAAGAAAAGUGGCAAUUAAAAUUAUAGACAAGAUGGGAGGGCCAGAAGAGUUUAUCCAGAGAUUCCUGCCUCGCGAGCUCCAGAUUGUCCGUACCCUGGACCACAAAAACAUCAUCCAGGUGUAUGAGAUGCUCGAGUCAGCAGAUGGAAAAAUCUACCUGGUGAUGGAACUGGCUGAGGGAGGGGAUGUCUUUGACUGUGUGCUGAACGGAGGGCCACUUCCCGAGAGCCGGGCCAAGGCCCUCUUCCGCCAGAUGGUUGAGGCUAUUCGCUAUUGCCAUGGCUGUGGCGUGGCCCACCGGGACCUUAAGUGUGAGAACGCCUUGUUGCAGGGCUUCAACCUGAAGCUGACCGACUUUGGCUUUGCCAAGGUGCUCCCCAAGUCCCGCAGGGAGCUGAGCCAGACCUUCUGUGGCAGCACAGCCUAUGCCGCCCCUGAAGUGCUACAGGGCAUACCCCAUGAUAGCAAGAAAGGCGAUGUCUGGAGCAUGGGCGUGGUCCUGUAUGUAAUGCUUUGUGCAAGUCUACCUUUUGAUGACACAGAUAUCCCCAAGAUGCUGUGGCAGCAGCAGAAGGGGGUGUCCUUCCCCACUCAUUUGGGCAUCUCAACCGAAUGCCAGGACCUGCUCAAGCGGCUCCUGGAACCAGACAUGAUACUCCGGCCUUCAAUUGAAGAAGUUAGUUGGCACCCAUGGCUAGCAAGCACUUGAUAAAAGCAAUGGCAAGUCCUCCCCAAUAAAGUAGGGGGAGAAAGCAAACUGAAAAA